AUGGACUCCAUGGCCAAGCAAACCCGGGUCCUCCGGCGCCGAGAUAAUCUUCCACCAUGGACGAUUGCGACUUUUACGAUACUAUCGGCAAUAUUUGUCAUUCUUUUGAUCGGUCUUGUGUGGAGAAAGCUGAGACUGAACAAGGCAGCAGAUAAGCAAUCCCACGCAACCCCAAACACGACUUCAGAGAUAUCUCACAAACACAGCGACUGGUUGCGCAACAAUAGCAAUGUCAUCUGGUCGACUUAUAUCGAAGAGGAUGGUCUCAAAAGCCAGUUUGCUCUAUCAAAUUCGAGACUGUUUUCCAUCGCAUCAGUAUCAACAAUCGAAGACGGGGAAUUUCCCUUCGAUACGGAGCCAUCAUCGAAACUGGUUACCACUCAAGACCCAAACAAACGCUCAGAGCCACCGAAGCUAGAACUACACUUGACAAACGAUGAAAAUACUCUUCGUAGUCGGGCAGCCCAUGAUCAAGACCUCACUCCGACUCCAAACUCUCCGAUGUCACGCGAUGUCAUCGCCUCACCCAGCAUAGCCUCACCAGCAUCUUUGCUGACGCAAGGGCUCACAAGCAAAGUCUUUCAAUGUCAAAAGCCUUACAUACGAGUUGAAAUAUGA